ACCUUGCAGGGCGCUCGGUUGCUAAGGAGAGCUGCUCUCACUUGGAUCGGAACCAAAAUGGACGCCACAGCGAAACCCCUGCGAAUCCCCCCUGAGAUGGCUGUGUAUGCCGAGGAGCACAAGGUGUUCGACAUCAUCCAGAAAAUGGUGGAGAGACUUCUAGUAGACAGACCAGAAAACACUAUUCAAUACCUGAUAGAUCACCUGCGCAAUGAUAAUGAUGAAGUGCCAAGAAUUUUUGCUCUGGGUCCCCCUGCAUCAGGAAAACACACUAUGGCAAAGCUGCUCUGUAAGCGCCUGAAUGCCACUCACAUCACUCUAGAGAAUUUGUUGUCAAAUGAUGUGUCUGCGCUGGUGAAAGAAGCUCAUUCCUACAAAGAUAAAGGCCAGGACAUCCCAAAUGAGCUGUGGGACAAACUUAUUCAAGAACGACUGUCUAAAGUGGAUUGCGUAAAACGAGGUUGGAUUUUGGAAGGAUUCCCACGAACACGUGAACAAGCAUUACUGCUGCAGAUGAAUGGAAGUAUUCCCGAUCAUGUUGUGGUUUUAGAUGCUCCCGAUAUUGUCCUGAUUGAGAGGAACAUGGGAAAAAGGAUUGACCGCAGAAACGGAGAGAUCUACCACACUACCUUCGAUUGGCCUGAUGACCCAGAAAUACAAGACAAUUUGGUGGAACCCGAAGGAAUAUCAGAGGAAGAGACAGGGCAGGCAUUACUAGUGUACCGCAGGAAUAUACCUGGAAUACUGCGUACAUACCUGAAAGUACACAAAAAGAUUAACGCUGACCAACCUUGCAUGGAUGUGUUUUCACAAGUUUUGACUUUUGUGCUAAGCAAACCAAGGUCCGUGGCCCCUUACACGCCUCGCGUCUUGCUCUACGGACCCCCAGGCAGUGGACGUGGCCUUCAGGCAUCAUUGCUGUCACAGAAGUAUGGCCUGGUCAAUAUUUGCUGUGGCCAAUUGCUGAAGGAAGCUGUUGCAAAUGAAAGUAAAUAUGAAGAAUUAAUCGGUCCAUACAUUGAGAACUCUCAGCAAGCUCCAAAUAACAUUGUACUGAAGAUCCUGAUCGAGAGGCUCAGCAGACUAGAUUCCGCUAUGAACGGGUGGGUUCUGCAUGGCUUCCCAAGAGACACUGAGCAGGCAAGUCUGCUGAACGAUGCUGGAUUCAUGCCCAACAGAGUUUUGUUCCUGGACAUCCUAGACUUCACUGCCAUAGAGCGCCUGUCUUACCGUAUGACAGAUCCUGUCUCAGGAGAGAGGUAUCACAGCAUCUACAAACCAGCUCCUGGUGUGGACGUACAUCAGCGACUGCAGCAGAAUCAGAAGGACUCUGAAGAUCAGGUUCAGGCGCGGCUGGAAAUGUAUCAUGCCAAUGCCGAGGAUCUGGAGGAGUUUUAUCAAGAUGUCAUUCAUGUUAACGCUGAUCAAGACCCAUACACGGUCUUUGAGUUCAUCGAAAGCUGCAUUAUCAAACCCCUUCCCAAGAGCGUCCCUGGGGAUCCCGCGUCUCCCUAAUCACUCUCAGCAGAUACAGCACAAUCUAUUAGACUGGAUCGGCAAGCCAUGUCAUAAAGGCUAUUUUAUUCCGCCGUAGAGAGAAAUGUCAGAUUCCUUUUUCACUUAACCUUCUGAGUGCCAGAAAGUGACACAUCAUCCUGUCGCAGUGACAGGGGAAUUGACUGCUGCUCACUCUCUUUCCCAGCAACUCACAUCUUUUAUUCACAUCUAACAAGGCCUAGUGCAAAGACCCAAAAAUAAAAUAUUUUAUCAUUUUA